AUGGCCAACUUAGGUCUGACCAGUGUGGAACAGAAAGGUCGAUACCACCCCGGAAGAGACGCUGUCUCGGCCAGAGCACGCGAUGCGAGACUGUGGCUGAAAGCAAGACCCGAAAGUGAGAUCGUGGUCGUCGCUCAUGGUGGGCUGAUGCACUUCCUGACUGGGGAGUGGGAGGAUUGCAGUAAGAAUGAAGCAACCGGUUGGGACAAUGCGGAGUAUCGCACAUAUGAGUUCGACACAGCAAGGAUAGAUGAGGAUCUGCCUUUGCUGGAGACCCCGGAGUCUCGUCUGCGACGUGGCAAAACUGGGCCGCAACCAAGCCACGAAGACCAGAGCUCACUUCGUGAGACGGGCCUACGUGUCUGGGCAGAGCAAGGUUAUGCAGUCCCAGAAUGA